AUGUUUACAUUCACACUUUUUCCAUCUUCUAACUACACUUUCUUCUUCCUAUUAUUUCUUCUACUCAAUAUUUCUCUAUGAUCAGCUAUUGUACUACCUGCAACCCAAAUCCUUUCAAUCACCAAAGACUCUUCAACCCUAUAAUACAUUACUGUAAUAGGGCAAAGAACUUCUUUAAUACCCAUCAAUUUCAUAGUCCACCUUGGCAGUGAGGGCUAAUUGGUGGACUAUGAAAAAGGUUAUGAUAGCUCAACUUAUAGCCCCGCUUACUGUAAGUCUAAACAAUGUUCUUUUUCCAAAGUUGAUUCUUCUACCUAUCAAAACUACUUCCAACCUAAACCUUGACCAUGUCCUGGAUGCAACCACAAUACUUGCCAUACUAAAGUUGGAAAUCCCAUAAUUAAGACCUACACAUACUAUGCAGAACUCACUGAGGAUGUGUUGGCCAUUGGUUCAGCGCCAGUCAUCAAAAAAAGGUUUAUUUUCACUUAUGUUGAGUCUGAUAUGAUAUACCAUCUUGCCAAAGAAGUUACAGGAAUUGCAGGCUUUGGACACAAUAGUACUAUUUCAAUCCCUAAUCAACUUGCUUCAUUAAACUCAAGAUUCACCAGGAAGUUUGGUAUUUUCUUGAGCUCCUUUACAAGAUCUAGUAGUGUUAUUUUUAUCAGUUUUAGUCCAUAUUAUGUUUACAAUCCUAUGAUUGAUAUCUCCAAGAAUCUUGUCAAUACCCUACUAGUCAAAAAUUGCAUUGGCAUUUUGAAUCCUUUGGAGUACCAUGUCAAAGGGUCAUCCAUACGAAUAGACGGGAAAGAUGUGCCACUAAAUAAAACAUUGUUAUCUAUUAGUAAGCUAGGGUAUGGUGGGACGAGAAUCAGCACAACAAUACCUUGCAUAGUUUUGCACACAAACAUUUAUGAAGUUGUUAAAACUCUUUUUAUCAAGGCACUUCCUAAAAAUAUGACACUUGUAGAACCUCCUAUGAAAUGACUUGGAGCUUUCUUUAGUUCCAAAAAUAUUAGUAGAACAAUUGUUGGACCAGAUGUUCCUAUGUUCGAUUUUUUCUUGCAUAAUAAGAGUGCAAUUUGGAGGAUUUAUGAAUCAAACUCAGUGAUACAAGUUAGAAAAGAUGUUAUGUGUUUAGCAUUUGUGGAAGAAGACCAAACAUGGGAACCAUUAAUUGUUAUGGAAGGGCAAUUGGAAGAGAACCUUUUGGUAUUGGACUUUUCAAAAAUAAAGAUAGGUUUUGGCUUCUCACGCAAGCUCCAACAAACAUCAUGCUCUAAGUAUGCUCUUAAGUAUGAUAAUAGCUCUAUAGGUUAA